AUGGAGCCAAAGUACAAAAAAAGCGUCAUCAAGCUGAACGUGGGCGGCCGUCGGUUCGAGACCACAGCAGCCACGCUCGCGCCCAUUGGCUCGCCGCCGACGUUCUUCUCCUCCCUCCUCGCCCACGGCGACGCCGACGCCGACGAAUACUUCAUCGACCGCGAUGGCGACACCUUUGCUCCAGGUGUGGCCGGCACACACCUCGCCACCGUGAAAAGACCUUGCCACGCCCACCCGUCACCGCUCCCGCGUGCAGUCCUCAACUACCUGCGGUCGGGCCGGCUGCACGUGCCUCCGACCCUGAGCGAGGCGGCCGUGCGAGACGAGGCGACCUUCUACUGCGUGCCGCUCCCUCCCGCCGCUCCCCCCUGCCGAGUGCGCCACGACGGCCUGUACAUCUCGUUUGGCGUCGCGCCGGCGGCGGUGGCCGCCUCGGCGGCGGAGGGGAGGCCGCCGCCCGCGGAGGAGGAGCACGUGCGCGCCUACCUCGCCCUCCACGCCGACGGCAGCGGCGUGCUCGGUCGGCGGGAGGCGGACGGCCAGUGGAGCGCCAUGAAGGUGAGCCACGAGAGCCUCGCGGGCGGGCUGCUGCGGGUCAAGCGGCGGCCCGCGCGGGGCGAGGCGGAGGAGGAGUGGCCGCUCGAGCUGGCCGCCGCCGUGCUCCAGGGCGGCUCGAUCCACGUGGUCGCGUGCGGCCGCGUCGGCCGGCUGGAGCGGCCCUUUCACUUUUGCGAGAGCCGCGCGCCGCCGGCGGGCUCCGCCUUCGCCUCCGACCUCAUCGCGCCGGCGGCGGGCCGCGCGGCGGCGGGGCGCGUCGUGCUCGCCUUCGAGGAGGAGGAGGCCGUGUGCGGCGUCAUGGCAACCUCGUCGCAGCCGGGCUGGUCGCAGGCCGCCUCCUCGCCGUACGCCGCGGCGCUCGGCAGCCGCCCCACGCUGCCGCCGCGCCCGACCUCGCCGUCGCACGAGGCGCGGACCCGGCUGGCGCGCAGCGCGUCGUGGUACGAGGCGGCGGCGAGCGUGACACACGUCAGUUGCGGCUGCGACGAUCUGUGGCACCUUGCCAUCGACAACCCGCAGUUCUCGGCGACGGUCGACAUGCUGUGCCUGGGCGAGCGCGGGCUGGUGGAGUUUGUCAAGCUUCACAGCGGACACAACGCGCAGCCCAUCUUUUAUCGGCCGCUGCGAGAGUCGCCCCACCCGUGGCAAAGAGAGGCCACGGCUCGAGAUUGA